AUCAGGCGGCACUGGCAGCUGACAAGAUGCUUCGACUGAAGUGCGCCGAUCCCGCCGCCAGUGGCAUGGCGUCCGCGUUGCAUCGGUUCAUGGGGAUAUAUGAUGUCAAGAAUUCGAGGUCAUGGCGCUUGGAAGACAUGGAUUACCGAAGUCAAGAGAUCCAGCGACGCGAAGAACUCAUCCAGAGAAAGUUGGAAUGGCGCCGGGACGACAUCAAUCGGACACGUCGCAUUUACAAGUUGGCAAACGAAAGGCGCCUAGUCGACUCCCGUGCUUACCAAUUAUCCGCGCUAUCUGGAGUGUCCUUGGUUGUUUCCAUCUUCUCACGCCAAGCUUACGUGGAAAGCCACCCACCCGAAUCGACCCAUUCGACGUUGGUGUUCUUCCAAGGCUCCGUCAGCGUCAUCUCCAUGCUGUGCUUGAUGUUGUGCAUGUUGCGCUGCCUUAUGCUCACGAUUGCUACCCUCAACUAUGCCGCGACCCAACUUGAACAAGAGCUGACCCUCGUUCCAAACGAUCUCCUCGACUCCGACUCGCCGUUCACAUUAUGGUGGCAGGAUCAGUGUGCAGUGGAUUGGAUCUGGGCGUACAGGCUCUUCCUUGCAGGCCUUGCGUUCGUGCCGAUCUCGCUCGUCCUUAUGAACGCUGCGUUGUACAAAUGGUCAUGGUUCAGCGUCGGCGGGAUGGUGGCCCUCUUCUUUCUCCUUUGGCAAUUCAAAGUCGAGGGCAAGUGGCGAUACGUCUUGCAUGCGCAACGCAGCUCGGCCCAACCAGGUCCCCCUUAAGUUAAUACGCCCUCUUAUAUCGAUCGAAACACCCGUCCACGAGUGUUUGGUCCAGCUGGCCCACAAAGAGCAAUGGCACUGCCGCUCAAACUACACGAGCGCUGCAUGACAUUGCAGCAUAGUCAAGGAUUCCCUUGAAUGAAUGGAGCAGAAAACAAAUGGA